AUGGCCAAGUCCAAGCGCGGCUUAAAGUCUCUGCCUACCUCCCUGCCAAUCAAGAAGGAACGGCUCAAGGAACUUCAGGAUUCGGGUGCAGUUCUAGACGAAGCUUUUCCUGGCCAGGCUUAUUCAUUUCAGCACGUUCCUCAAGGCCUUGCUCAAGACCCUCAAGAUGUUCCUUGCAGUCCGUGUACGCGCGACCAAAUCAGCAUUUCCAACGCCGUCAACUCACCUCUGCUCCGUCUUCCCGCCGAAAUCAGGAACACCAUCUUCGCCUAUGUCUAUACUAAGACCAUGCACUAUAUCGACCACAAGCCUGGCACAACAUACUUCUACCUGCCCCUAUGUUCCGUGUUAGACAGCGAUCAGCUCUCCUCUGAGUCGAAACUAGAUAGGAUUCCUCUCGUCUGCCGCCAGGUUCAUACUGAGAUGGCUCUCUUACCCUAUGCGCUUGGUACGUUCGACUUUCUGUCGGCCGCCGGAGAGGGAUUUCAAGGGCUCUGGGCGCUGAAGAGGUAUCUAGAGGGAUAG